AUGCCGGCGAAGGAGGAUACAUGGGCAUUCCAGCCUAUUGGUGCUCCAUUUCCUGACAAUCCAGUGCGAGUACCGGGUCAACAAAAUAUGUACGUAGCACUGUGGUACAAGCAUGGAAAGCCAAUUCAUGGGCGAGCGUGGAACGACAACGGUGGUGUGCAGUGUUCAUUCCCGUUCAACAAAGUGGAGCUGAGUGGGGCUCAAGCUCUAGGUGGUCAGAUUCAAAUUCUGACUUACAAAGGUGAUUUCAACUCGCUUGGUUACUGGUACGAAUGGCUGCCUAUCAAAACUCGUCUUGCCGGCGAGGCUCACCGAGAGCUCGUCCGGUGCGGGCAGUCAACUCCCGUCCUUUUCGCCUGCAAGGAUGGUCAGCAGCGUCUCGGCUACCUGGACCUCAGUACCGAGAUUGCUUUGGCAAGUUACGAUGGCAAGGCCGAAAGCAUCGCCGGUGGACCAGCUCAAGAGUUGCUGGGAAUCUUCCGGAAUCUCCGCCCACCUCCUACCGGUGUCAAGAUUUACGAUGACCUCUGGGGCGACUUGAAGUACGGCGACAACUUCCCCUCAAAUGUUGUGCCGGCUGACAACCGUCAAUUAAAGACAGAAACGGGUCCAAUGAAUCAGUUUGUUGCUCUAUGGUAUAAGCACGGUGAACCAGUGUUCGGCAGAGCUUUUCCGAGCCCAGCAGGCAAGCUAAUGGCAAUCUUCGGAGCUAACAACCAGGAGAACGCCGGUCCAGAAAUCGGUUCCUUACAAAUGCUUACCGUGCCCGACGCAAGCUGUAUGGGUCUAGAAUACCAAUGGAUGCCGCGAUCACAAGGCGCUUCUGGUGGUUGGACUCUGGUACACGUUGGAAAUUCUGCCCCAGUGAUCGUCGUUGACGAGAAGGGCAAUGAAUACGUUGGCAAUCUUAACACACAAACGGACUGCGCAUCUAUCGGUUUUGGAGGUAAACAAAAGAACUAUGCUGGAGGUGCAUGUGCCAACUUCAAAGUGCUGCACAAACGAAGAAUCAACUAA